AUGGAAUCUCGAUACCAACCUUCCAGUUGGACCUUCCCUCCAGCACCAAAAGGAUUUGAGAGUGCGUACACAUGGGAUGUUCACACCAUCCUCAAAGAAGCUGGCAUGGAAGACCUACUUUCCACUAGUACCAAUAUUGAAUACAGCACACACCCUGCUCUUCGCUCAUUGACAAGUCAUUUUUGGAACCAGUUUGGUGGUCUUGACGAACACUUAGUUAUUCUUAAUGGCAUGGAAGCCGAUAUUGAGUCUUCCUCAAUGGGUGGUGUGCACCUUCAUUCCUCUGUAAAUGGACUUCUCGCUCACCUGUCAUCAUUCAUUCACUGCUCUUCACCUGAAAAUAAUGCACCAGACGCACUUCAGCAACAAUCCACGCCUUCGCUGCUAGAUCCACAUGCUCUCCUGGCUCGCCUUGGCUCACUUUCCCCCAAUCUCAACUCAGCACAGACGAAGCAAAUGAACCACAUCCCACAACCCCUUCGAGUUCACAUCUAG